UUGAGCUCAGCCGCUCGAAUAACGCAAUCAUGAGUGCUGUGAAUGUUACAAACAUCACCGUGCUAAAUAAUCCAUCGUCGUUCCUUUCGCCACUGAAGUUUGAAAUCACUUAUGACUGCGUUACUGCUCUCAAAGAAGAUUUGGAAUGGAAACUCAUCUAUGUUGGAUCUGCUGAGGAUGACACAUAUGACCAACUACUAGAAAGUGUGUUUGUUGGUCCUGUCAAUGUUGGAGGUUUCCGCUUUGUAUUGCAGGCGGACCCUCCAGAUCCUGCCCGAAUUCGUGCUGAAGAUAUACUUGGUGUCACUGUGCUCCUUUUGACCUGUUCCUAUAUGGGUCAAGAAUUUGUACGAAUUGGCUACUAUGUGAACAAUGAUUACAAUGAUGAGAAUUUGAGACAACAACCUCCCCAAACGGUUAAAAUUGGCAUGCUUCAAAGGAACAUACUAACAGACAAACCUAGAGUAACAAAGUUCCCUAUCAAUUUUCACCCCGAAAACAGCGAGACUGGAGAGCAAGGUGCUGCCCCUCCACCUGAUGAUAACACGGCUAAAGCAGAUGGGAAUGAAGAGUGACUACCUUCAACUAAGAAUGGAUCAGACGAAGGGUGGGGCCUAAUUGUGGAAGGGUGUUAACUUUUUGCCUAACUCCUAAUCUUUUAGUUUAACAUCAUUCUGUUGGGCCAUCAUCUCAUCCUAAAUCCUAAUACAUGAUCAUUAACCUCUUUUUGUGAUGUCUUCGUCUAUCUCAGUGGAGCUAUGUGAAACUGCGUAUGAACACGCGUUGCAUUUUGUGGCUGUUAACCUGGUUGUUUGGAGGAAUGGUGUCGAAACCUCUGCUUUAUAUGGCACCAUCUUUAGCUUUACAGUGUACUCCAAAAUGUGAGUUUAGAAAAUCGUUGAUUUUAGUUCUGUAAGUAAUAGAAUCGUGAGGUUUUAGACAGGCAGGGAAUAUUUUAUGCAUUUAUCAAAUUUUUGGCUACUGAAUCACAUUAUCUUGAUGGUGUC